GGACGAUUGAUUAUUAUUAUGGUUGACAAACAUUGGUCGGCAUUUCCCGCGAUUUUUGAAUUUGUGUAAACACUCGUGACUCCUGGAGGGCUUUCUGCCAACCCUGGCGAGGUUUCUAACCUCGAAUUGUCCGGAAAAUUGACAGGAGUUAUCACAACAGAUUGCUGAGUGAUAUUUUACUGAUAAGUGUUUAGAAAAAAUAUAUAAAAAAUCGUGAGAUAACGGAUAUAUACCGAUAACAGAGGAAGAUUAGAAAACAAUACGCCAUGCCCUCCAUCGACGUUUUGGAAGACCGAGUGGCUGAACUCGAGAAGAAAGUCUAUGGAACUGUCAACAAUCCAUCAAUUGACGAUCCACUUCCGGAGAAUUCCGUGAUCGACAAUUUGUUGAGUGCCUCUACGAAAAUAUCAACAGCUCUCUCGAACCGAGAGAAGGCCAACGGCUUCGUGAAACGUCUGCCUGAGUUGAAUGAACUGCUGAACAUGUCCUUCGAGGAGGACCUGCAGGCUGAUAUCAAGUGGGAAAUAAUCGCUGCUAUGGAGCCAGAGUUUGAGCGAAAUCUGGAGCUCAUUGAAAGGGUUCAAGAAUUACUGCCAGGACUUGAAGUUGAUGGCAUUAAAAAUAUUCCUGAGUUGACACCCAAACUGGAACACUUGACACUAGAGUAUCUGAAGGCGCAUGAGGAGACCAGUGCUGUCAAUCACACGCUCCAGGAGGUUUUCUCCAAGUACAAUGCAAUCAUCGAUACGAUUUCUAAAACUCUGGUGGGUCUUGAAAGCGCCAUCACAGCAGCUGAAACGGCGGCGAAGCCCAAGAAGCAACUCGACUAAUUCGUAUUUUAAUUAACAUAGAUAUAUUGAUUUUAAUUUAUUUGUGAUAUGGAAAUACUUGGACAUAACAAUACUUUUAAUAUUCCAAAAUUAGUCAUAAUAAAAGCUUUUUUUCUGAACGAGAA